AUGGACGGGACGGAGACCCGGCAGCGGAGGCCGGAGGAGCCGGGGCUGCCACCCAGCCUCAGCACAGGGAGACUCCACGCAGCCUCCGAAGAUGGCCCUCUGGUCGUCCCUGAGAGCCAAAGGGUGACCUCGAAACUGCUGGGGACUGAACUCAGCAAGGAGACGGCCUUGUCCAUUGGCUUUGAGGUGACCGUGCCCUUCAUGUUUGCAGGCCUGGGACUGUCUGGGGCUGGCAUACUUCUGAACUAUUUCCAGCACUGGCCCGUGUUUGUGGAGGUUAAAGACUUGUUGACAUUGGUGCCACCCUUGGUGGGCCUGAAGGGGAACCUGGAGAUGACCCUGGCAUCACGACUCUCUACAGCUGCCAACACUGGACAGAUUGAUGACCCCCGGGAGCAGCACCGAGUCAUCAACAGUAACCUCGCCCUCAUUCAGGUUCAGGCCACUGUUGUGGGGCUCCUGGCUGCCGUGGUUGCCCUGCUGCUGGGGGCUGCGUCUCGGGGGGAGCUGGACUUCGCGAAGGUGGAGCUGCUGUGUGCCAGCAGCGUCAUCACUGCCUUCCUCGCGGCCCUGGCUCUGGGGCUGCUGAUGGUCUGUAUAGUGAUUGGCGCUCGGAAGCUUGGGGUCAACCCAGACAACAUCGCCACGCCCAUUGCAGCCAGCCUGGGAGACCUUAUCACACUGUCCAUCCUGGCUUUCAUCAGCAGCUUCUUCUAUAAAUACAAAGACAGCCGGUUUCUGACUCCCGUGGUCUGCAUCGGCUUCAUGGCCCUGACCCCGGUGUGGGUCCUCAUUGCAAAGCAGAACCCACCCAUCAUGAAGAUCCUAAAGUUCGGGUGGUUCCCAAUCAUCCUAGCAAUGGUGAUUAGCAGUUUCGGAGGGCUCAUCUUGAACAAAACCAUUUCUAAGGAGCAAUACAAAGGCAUGGCCAUAUUCACGCCCAUCAUCUGUGGUGUUGGUGGCAAUCUUGUGGCCAUUCAGACCAGCCGGAUCUCCACCUACCUGCACAUGUGGAGCACCCCUGGGGUCCUGCCCCUCUGGAUGAAAAAAUUCUGGCCUAACCCAUGUUCCACGUUCUGCACUUCAGAAAUUAAUUCCAUGUCAGCCCGAGUUCUGCUCUUUCUGGUGAUUCCAGGCCACCUGAUUUUCUUCUAUGUUAUCUACCUGGUGGAAGGCCCUUCGGUCCCAAACAGCAAGAUCUUUGUGGCGUUCUAUCUGCUAGCAGGCCUCAUCCAGGUGACAAUCCUGCUGUACCUGGCAGAAGUGAUGACUCGGCUGACGUGGCACCAGUCCCUGGAUCCUGACAGCCACUGUAUCCCCUACCUCACAGGGGUCGGGGACCUCCUAGGGACUGGCCUCCUAGCACUGUGCUUUCUUCUCAGUUGGUUAUUGAGGAGCGGAGCAGAGCUGGACGGCAUUUCAGAACUCGCGUCUGGGCCUUCCUAA